CAUCAGCCUGGCUGGCAGCAGCCUUGGACUCCGCCCGUGGAGCCCUGGGCCUGUUGACCCACCAGCUUAGGAGCACCCACCAAGCUCUGGGUCAACGUGGAGGUACCAGGCCACCAUGCUCAGUCUCAAGCUGCCCCAACUUCUUCAAGUCCACCAGGUCCCCCGGGUGUUCUGGGAAGAUGGCAUCAUGUCUGGCUACCGCCGCCCCACCAGCUCGGCUUUGGACUGUGUCCUCAGCUCCUUCCAGAUGACCAACGAGACGGUCAACAUCUGGACUCACUUCCUGCCCACCUGGUACUUCCUGUGGCGGCUCCUGGCGCUGGCGGGCGGCCCCGGCUUCCGUGCGGAGCCGUACCACUGGCCGCUGCUGGUCUUCCUGCUGCCCGCCUGCCUCUACCCCUUCGCGUCGUGCUGCGCGCACACCUUCAGCUCCAUGUCGCCCCGCGCGCGCCACAUCUGCUACUUCCUGGACUACGGCGCGCUCAGCCUCUACAGUCUGGGCUGCGCCUUCCCCUAUGCCGCCUACUCCAUGCCGGCCUCCUGGCUGCACGGCCGCCUGCACCAGUUCUUUGUGCCUGCCGCCGCACUCAACUCCUUCCUGUGCACCGGCCUCUCCUGCUACUCCCGUUUCCUGGAGCUGGAAAGCCCUGGGCUCAGUAAGGUCCUCCGCACAGGAGCCUUCGCCUACCCAUUCCUGUUCGACAACCUCCCACUCUUUUAUCGGCUCGGGCUGUGCUGGGGCAGGGGCCACAGCUGUGGACAGGAGGCCCUGAGCACCAGCCAUGGCUACCACCUCUUCUGCGCGCUGCUCACUGGCUUCCUCUUCGCCUCCCACCUGCCCGAAAGGCUGGCACCAGGACGCUUUGAUUACAUCGGUGAGGGCACGCCUGGCCCGGCCUGGGAAGAGGCAGGGGCAGAUGCCUUCCCAGAGCACAGAAUGAACUGGGCCACAGCCACCAGCUAUUCCACAUCUGUGCAGUGCUGGGCACCCACUUCCAGCUGGAGGCAGUGCUGGCUGAUAUGGGAUCACGCAGAGCCUGGCUGGCCACACAGGAACCUGCCCUGGGCCUGGCAGGCACAGUGGCCACACUGGUCUUGGCUGCAGCCGGGAACCUACUCAUUAUUGCUGCUUUCACAGCCACCCUGCUUCGGGCCCCCAGUACAUGCCCUCUGCUGCAGGGUGGCCCACUGGAGGGAGGUACCCAGGCCAAACAACAGUGAGGCCCCAUCCCUGACCCUGUCCUGGAGGGGGCAGAGGCCAGGCCCCAGUGCUGAUGAGGAGCCCAGAUUUGGGCCUAAUCAGGUGGGGAUGCAUCUCAGCCUGGAACCAACAGGGGCUGAGGAGAGAGGGCACAGGAGAGAGGGCAGAGAAGAGGAGGGGUGUCUAGGGGGACUGGCAGAGUGUGAGAGGGACCGUGAGGGGGCUCUUGAUGGGAGUGGAAGAAGUGCUGAGGGUCUGAGAGGGGAGAUGCAUGCGUGUCCAGGCUGAAGAUGCCCCUAUACUCUGUCAAAGGUUGGGGUGGGGAGGUGUUGGGGUCCUUUCAUCUGGCUCCGUUUCUGGUGCUUCUGGAAGUCUCUGCUCAGCACAGGGAAGAACUAACACGACUAACCUAGGCCUACCCUGAAUUCUUCUUGCUAACCAGGCCGAGAGGCCACACACUUGCCCCCACAUCCCCACAAACCAGGUAAUGCCAGUUUGCCAGCAGCUAUUUGCCUAUAGAGAUGAGUCUGUCCUGGUCAUAACUGUGUGCUCAAGGUGUCCAGGCUUUUGGGGGUGGGCCUAUCUGGGUGCAUUAUGGAUGGUUUGGUGGAUUGAGGUGCGGGGAGGAGGGUCCUAGGCUAGAGGGGGGAUCCCUAGUUAGACUUUGGGAAGCCACCUUCAAUGUUUUCUGGAACAAGGCAGGUACAAAUAAAAAAAUAAAACUUUGGAAAGCA